CUGGCGAAGCCGAUGCCACCCAGACGUGGGCUGAUGUAGUUCCACACCCCAAUACUUCCUCUUCGGAUGCGCUGGCCCACUGCUAGUUCCAGGAAGAAGAGGGGAAUCCCUAUCACCACCAGCAGAAUGAGAGAGCCAAAGAAGGACGAGACUGACAUUUCAAAACUGUUCAAGCAUUGCCAGUGGCACUGGAUAGAACAUUCCUUCCCAGUGCCUUAUGGGGAACAACUUCAAUACAAUGGCAUUGCUUUGAGAGUAUUGCUUAAUCCAAUUUCUGGAGCUUGCAUCUAACCCAGGCUUUGCUACAUAAUGAAGAAGGGAGUUGGUUGACUUGAUCCCGGACUAAUAAUGAUGGAUGACAUCGAACAGGCAAUAGAUGAGGAGCUGAAGAAAUUAAACCUAACGUUAACGUUACAUCCUUCUCAAAAUGAUUCAGAGUCAGACGAUGACAACUUCACUGUUUUGGAUGAAAAUCUGAAUGCAGAAGAUGAGCUGCCUGACUCUGUACUCACAUAUGUUGAAGCUUCAAGAAAUCGAAUGGAUGCCUUUGAACAAUUAAUCCUUGAAGAUGUUGAAGAAAAGGACUUCUCAAGCCAGAACCUGUCUCACAAUGAUAAUCCUACAAAUAAACCAGCUUCAGAUUUCAUAGACGACCCCAUAAAGUGGAAAGAGCGAGUUAUCUCUGAAUUAGUGGAACAAGUUGGACAUCUAAAAGACAUUGUGCCACAGAAUGCCCAGCGGGAGAUUACAAUUAUGUCAGAUGAUGUAUGCACUGAGAGUGAACUGCAAAUUAGUCUUGAGUGGAGAGAAUUAGAGGAAAGACUAAGAAAGGAAGAGGAGCAGAAAUUAGCAGCACAGGAGGUAGAAAGAGAGCUACGUUUGAACUCAGAAAGAGAAGAAGAAGAGAGGAGGAGAAGAGGACUGAUGAAGUUUGAGGAGGAGUUGAAAAAGAUAGAGGAGGCCACUCUGAACGUUGGAAUGAAAAAUGAAGUUCACCGCACAGAAGAUCUUCAGCUGGACCUGGAUAAACAGCAGACGUUAAUAAGGAAACUUGAGGAGCAGAUGGAGGAGGAAAAACAGGCUUUUGAGAAGGCUCAGGAGGAGGAGAGAAUGAGAACCCAAAAGCUUCAUUGCAUGGCAGCAACAAAGAUUCAAGCUGCUCUCAGAGGAACAUUAGUGCGCCGCUGGAGCAAAACAGAGCUCAGGAGAAAGAAAGAAGAGGAGAGGAGACUUGAGGAGGAGAAGAGGGAAUGGGAGAAGGUGAAGAAGGAGAGAGAACAGGAGAGAAACAGGAUUGAGGAAGAAGAACGUGCUCAGAGGGAGGAGAUGGAGAGACGCAGAGCAGAUUAUGAAAGAUCUAAAGAACAAGAGCACCAUCGUCUGGAGAAGGAGCAAAAACUUGAACAACAGAAGAGGAAAGAGGAGGAAGAUGAGAAAAGGAAGAAAAUGCAGAAGAAGGAAAAGCAGAACAACAUUACAAGUGUAAAAGAUGAUUACAGAAGACAGGAUGAGGAUGUAGACAAGAAGAAUAAAGAAAAGGAAAGAACAAAAGUGGAAAGAAGUAGUCAGGUGAAGGAUGAAUGUAAAAGAGAGGAGGAAAGAGGGGGCCAGGAGAACAAAGAAAAUGAGGCAAAUGUGAGAAAAAUAGAAGCUAAUAAUGAAAGAAUCAGGCAUGAGAAGAAAAUGGAAAACACAUUGGACGACGACAGGAAUAUGUUGAAAAAACAGGACAAAACUAAAAGCAUAAACACAAAAGACACCGAAAGAUUAGAUGAUACAAGACCACAAACAAAGAGUGAAAAAGACAGAAUAAAGAACCAUGAAGAAAAAACAGUUGAAAGCAGUGGAGAGCUUGAGCUUCAGGUAAAUCUCUCACAGUCAAGAAAAAGCCUUAAAGUUACCAAAACCACUACAGAGUCACACAUAAAUGUACAUGAAGGUCUCUCCAGUGACCUUGGUAUUAGUCCAGUGGAUUCCUCGAGUGUUGCAGAUCAUCUAAGUGUUAAAGGAAAUACAGACUUGACUGUACAGGCUUCUGAUUUGGCUGUUGUAGCACCUGAGAUGGACACAAGGGGGCGUCAAAAUGCUACAGCUUUUGAACUUGAGGACCAUAAACCAAAAAGCCAAGAAUCAAUUUCAGUAUGUCUGCCUGACAGCACUGAGCAGAAGCGAAUGGCCUGGAUGAUGAGCUGCACUCCCUGGUCCAAACUAUCAUUGCAGAAUAAAAGGAAGGGGUCUUCUGCACAACAGCAGUCCCAAAAAAGAGGCCCAAGAAAAAGAAGAGUCCCCAGUUUACCCCCUCUGUCUGUGGACACUAUUCUCAAAACAGGAGCUUGGAGCUCUCUCAAACAGGUUACGACAGUGACGCUGGAAGACCUACCAGGAUGUAGCCUGUCCACACUGUCAGAGUGUAACAAACUGCAGACCUUGACCCUUAGACGCUGUGGCCUCGCUUCCUUGGAUGGACUGAACAAGUGCGCUCAGAUCAGAUAUAUUGAUGUACAAGAGAACUCAAUUACCUUUGUGGAUUGUGGAGGUCUGGCCAAUCUUCAGGUCCUCCUUCUGGGCAGAAACCAACUGAUGAACAUCCAUGGUCUUGAUGGAGCUGAAAACCUGCAAAUUCUUCAGCUCUCACACAACAGCAUCUCUCGCUUAAGUGGUUUAGAUCCCCUGAAAAUGCUGCUGCGAUUAUCAGUGGACCAUAACCAGCUGCUCAGCACGAGAGGUUUGAACGAAAUUUAUACCCUUCUCCAUCUGGACUGUUCAUACAACCACCUAAGCCACGUUGAGGGUUUGGAGAAUUGUGCUCUGCUUAACACACUGGACCUCAGAGGAAACAGUCUGACUGAGCUGCCUGUCCUGCAGAACCACGUUCUUCUGAGGGACUUGUACCUGGAUGACAAUCUUAUAUCUUCUGUUGAUGAUCUGGAAUCCUAUUGGCUGCCUUUGCUCCAAAACCUCUCCUUGGCCCAUAACAGUGUAACUCAUUUAAUUCCACUCUUGGACCUGGUGUCUCUGAGGAUGCUGGAUGCCAGUCACAACUGUCUGUCAGAUUGGCAGAACGUUUGUCUGAAUCUUCGGGAAUGCACCAGUCUUCAAGAACUUAACCUGACUGGUAACCCACUACAGCAGGAAAGCAAAUGGAGGUCCCUGCUUUUGGAGACAGUGCCUGGCUUGAUUAAGUUGAAUAAUGAUCAGACUGCUGCUGCCGCAGUGCCCCGCAAAUGUCCAGAACAGCAGUGGAAUUUCCAGGCCCUCUGUCAAGCACAGCAAGAGCGACAAGAUUCACUUCUCCAGCAGCAAAAGAUGGACAUCAGUUCUGCACCCUCACAACAUGACGCCCAGCUUCUUGCCAUUGGCCACCAAGCGGACCUGUUCAGAUUGGCGGUGGACCAGCGUUAUGCCCACGAAUAUGGCGACAGCUGUGUCACAGAAGAUUCUACACUGGCGGCAGCUGCUAACAGUAGUUCAUGUAGUUAUUCUGAAGCAUCUUUAUCACAGGGACAAAGUCCAGAAAUGCGACUCCAGCAUACAGCAGAUUGGCAGAAACACAAAAAGACUCAACUUUCUCAAGCUGACCUUGAGCUACGAUCUGCUGACUGCAUGCAGACACAAAGUGAGAAGGAACCUGUUCAGGCACUGAACCUUAAAAUAGCGGCAGCUGUGGCGAUCCAGCGAUGCUGGCGGAGGAGAUGCGUAUUGCGGAGACGUGAGGGCCUCCCAGGCUUAAUUGAAAAAACUAACACAAAAUCACAUCUUCAUAAGUUGGAAGAUACCUGCAUUGGGGGGCCUGAGAGGGAAUGUGCUGCUGUUGUUAUUCAGGCUGCAUGGAGGGGCUGCGUUCUGCGGAAAAAGCUGGCCCGUGCUCUAGCUGCUGCUCAGAUCACAGAAAGCGAUGAGGACUUAGAAGAAGUGGACAUGGACGAAUUCAUUUUUGAUGAGAAAGCGCUGGAGAAAGACUGGAUAACCCUGGAUUCCUUACCGGCCAGGAUGAUGCCAUUUUCGGAACAGCUCCCAUUGCCAAAGUCUCCACUCCCUCUUCCAAUUCAAGGGUCUCCAAAGACUCGAUCUGUUUUUCCACUGCAGCCGACACAUGCCUGGUCAGAUAAUGAAGGUGCAGCCUGUUCGGAGCAAAGCUUGACGCCUCACCUUAGUAGCAGAUCAAUCCUCAAAACCCACACCCUGUCUGAGGAAUCAGAAAAAAUCCUCAAAGAAUGGGGAAUCACUAAUGAGUCCACUGCCCUUCUCAUGCUGAAGAGAGCCAACAAAAUGAAGGGCAAGAAACAGAAGCAGAAGAGGUUAUUUGACCCAAAUCCACGUCUGGCCCAGUAUGUUUCCACAGAAACUAAAAGGCGAACACGUCCCACUUUCAAGGACAACUUUAAAGUUCACCAAGCAGUGAAUGAGGUUCACAAAUUCCCGAAAGCAGAGGAAAAACAAUCUUACAAGGAGAGAACUUACCAGUGGCUCCACACACAAGCAGUCCAUCCCAACACAGACUCCGCAGGCACGGGACGGGAUCAUUUCCUCCCUGAUAUUGGCCAGGAUAUUCUUAAUGGUGGGAGGGUGCAGCUUGUGGCCAUAGGGGACAGCGACGGUGGAGAUUCAGGAGCAAGAUUUUGGACUGACUCCACUAGUGUCUCUCCACCUCUUAAAAAGCACACCAAGCCUCGAAGAUACUCAGCUGAAAACACAAAAACAGAAGUGCCUUCACCCACAAGAGUCAAUUCAGCUCCGAUCCAAAAUGAACGCAUCUCGUUCCGGGACAUCCCAGUGCGACACAGUGGAGGCUGGGGUGGAGGAAAGAAGAGAGCCAAAUUGAACAAGUAAAAAGAUAACUACAUCAGCUUGUGUUUGUUGCACUGAGAUAAUAUUGAUUCAGUUUGUUCUUUUGUUUUCGCCCUUCGUAUUUGUGGCUGUGUAUAUAUUCAGAGUGUGAUGGAUGUCUUGUUGAUGUAAGCCCUUAACAAGACUUACAAUGCACAUUUGAUCUCCGCUGAAAUUCCUUGCAGCUGCUGUUUUUACUAAAAUCCAGCUUCCUCUCCUGCAAAUGAAUUAGAAGCAAUGGAUGAGAUAUAGCCCAAAUAUCUGCAGGCGGUCACAGGAUAUGUAUUGCUUUCAAGUAUCACUCCAUUUAACAUGAGCACUGCGAGCCAUGGACUGGGUGGAAACCAUUUACAAAUGACAUGCUUAAUAUGCAGACAAUGACAGGCAAUAGAAACCAGCUCGUUCCUGUUUUAAUUUACUUUAGGGUUUUUUCUUUUUUUUACACUGGGAAUUUUUGUUGUUCUUAAAGCUAAAAAUAAGAGGAUGCACAUUUAAUGAAAGUAAUAUAUCAAAGAUCACUGUCAAUAAAUUAUUUGCUUUAUACACAGUUCUGCUUCAAACACUUAUGUUGUAAUCUCUCAUAAAAUGCAUCUAUGGCAAACAAGUCCAAAAAUAAGUAAAAAGAAAUGCAUACAUCAGAGUUAAAAGUGUUUUCUUUAGUGUUAGUGUCAGAUAAGGAUAUCCUUGUUUGUGUAUUUUAAUUUGGAUAUCAAAAAGCUGAGUGUUCACAAACAGUGGUUGGAAAAGAGCUUUCAGGCACCAGCUUAAGGCUCAUUUUUAUGCCUAUAGAAAUGCUAAAAUAAAUCUUGAAAAGGGAUGCCUUAUUAGUGGGAGUUUUGGCAUUGUGUUUGGGCAGACGGCCCAUAGGUCUCGUACUUAAUCCAGAGACACUGGCUGACUGCUGUGGUAUUGUCUUGUUGAAUACAAAUACAUUUAAUAUUGUAAAUAGAUAUAAAUAUAGGUUACACUUUAUUUUGAUAGUCCACUUUAGAUAUUCUACUGACUAUAAGUAACUUUGCAACUACGAGUGUGUGUUUAUACAGUAUAUAUUUUAUACUUACACUCUCAGAAAAAAAGGUACAAAAGGUUAAGGUUCGAAAGGAUACCACCCCAGUGACAGUUUUGUACCUUUUUUCUGAGAGCAUAGACUAGAUAAAGUACAUAGAUAGACAGACUAUGACUGCAAAAAGGUUAUAGUGGGACUCCAAAGACAGUACAUUUCCAAGUUUCCACUUUUGCUGAAUCUCAGAAUAACAGACUGAAUCCGCAGACUGAUGCCAGCGAGUAAUUCAUGCCAGUUGUUACCCACAGAAAACAUAGGCAAACCAUGAGAGAUAAUCUUUUCAAGUGCCAGCGAGAGCAGAUCUGAAUAAGGUUAGUAAAACCCUUCAGAGUCAUAUAAAACCUAUUGGUUUGUUUGAGUUUCUAAUAGACUACGUUGUAUUUAACUGCCCGGGAACACAUUAUAGGGAAAAUAAAUACUCAUUGAAUAAUCCUUCACACUAAAGUGAAGAGGCCUUUCAAACCAAAUUUGACUUUGCAAGCUCAAUGCAUCUGGUCUGACCUGAGCAGCUCAAUCGCAGCAGCUGGAAGAAGUGGCUGUGGCCAAACCGUUUAUUAUCAUUUUAAUUACUUAAGUGACUGCAAAGGCGUAUGUACACAAACCCAGCUGACACGCUCACACUGACCUCUGACUUUCACUAGAGAUUCAUUCUGUCUAUAGUACAUAAGAGAGCGAGAGAGGGAACGAAACAGAGAGAGGUAAUAAACAAUGGCAAACAUGUCAGUGGCCUGAAAGCCUCAUGUGGCCAGUACAAAACCAUUAAUAUGAUUUAAGAAUGUACCUUCAUAAUCAAGAAAAACACUAACAUCUCUCUGUACCAAUUUGACAAAGCUCAGACUAAGGAGAUCCUUGAGUCAUAUAAUUGUUAUAUAACACACACACA